AUCCGUGAAGCUUUCUGACCCCUUUGCCAUUUGCCCUUUGCAAGUUCAAGUUGGUCACCAUGGCAACGACCAGAGGACAAGCGCUGAAGUCCGUGUGCAGACGUCUGCUGCAGAGACAAAUGUCCAGGGCUCAACUUAUCAAGAAGCAUGCAGGCUGUGCAAGAGCGCUGUCCACUUCUUCUGUGAGGAAAGAAAAGGAAUAUGCUUUUGAGAUGGCUUGCUCCAACAUCCGCUACGGUCUGGGUGUCACUAAAGAAGUAGGCAUGGACUGCAAGAACAUGGGAGCCACCAAAGUGUGUGUGAUGACGGACCCGUACAUUGCCCAGUUGUCUCCCCUGAAGGCCACGCUGGAGUCGCUGGACAAGUACGGGGUCAACUACCAGGUCUACGACAAGGUCAGGGUCGAGCCGUCCAAAGCCAGCUUCGAAGACGCCAUCAAGUUCUGCAUCGAAGGCCAGUUCGAUCUGUUUGUGGCGGUGGGCGGGGGCUCCGUGAUGGACACGUGCAAGGCGGCCAAUCUGUACAGCAGCAACCCCGACGCUGACUUCCUGGACUACGUCAACGCGCCCAUCGGCAAGGGUCUGCCUGUCACACACGCCGUCAAGCCUCUCAUUGCCAUUGCGACCACGGCAGGCACAGGCAGCGAAACGACCGGUACUGCGGUCUUUGAUUUCACCGAGAUGAACAGCAAGACAGGCAUCACCAGCCGUGCCCUAAAGCCGACCCUGGGUGUCCUUGACCCCCUCCACCUCUCCACCGUCCCCGAGAGGGUCACAGCCUACGCUGGCAUCGACGUCUUGUGAGCAGUGUAUAACGCAGACGACCUUGAGGCGCGGUCGGCCAUGAUGCUCGCCAGCUGCUCUGCGGGAAUCGGGUUUGGCAACGCCGGUUGCCAUCUAUGCCACGCCCUGUCCUACCCCAUCUCCGGCCUGGUAAAGAACUACGUCGCCGAGGGUUACGGGGAUGACCACCCUCUUGUGCCUCACGGUCUGUCCGUAAUCAUCUCGGCCCCCGCUGUGUUCAAGUUCACGGCCCAGGCUUGUCCGGAGCGCCAUCUGGAGGGAGCGGAAGCUCUCGGUUACGACAUCCGCAACGCCAAGAAGGCUGAUGCCGGCAAGAUUGUGGGCGACGUUUUGCUGAAGAUUAUGGACGACAUCGGCUGCCCCGACGGCAUUGGCUCUCUGGGUUACAAGUCCGAAGAUAUUCCCAAUCUGGUCAAAGGAGCUUUGCCGCAGCAUCGCUUGACCAAACUGUCCCCCCGUCCAGCCCAGGGGGAUGACCUCUCCAGCAUCUUGACCGACUCUCUGAAGAUCUACUGAUCUCCGCGGGACUGCUGCCACAGAUCUGCACGUUCAUGCACUGUCUACCAGCUGUGAAUGAUGGUAAAAUCCGCACGAGUUAUUUUUGUUCAAAGUUCUUCAUUCAUAUUUUGCGAUGGAAGAAUUGGUUGAGAUCCGUGGCAUGAGAAAAUGGCAGCGUUUCGCGACCUCAGUGCUUUCUUGUCCUAUCUCCACAAUUUUUUUUUUAGCAUUGAAAAUGUGACUUUUUCCGAUCUUAAGCUCGCUCUUUGUUAUGAACUGUUUUCACUGUUAUUAGAAAUAAAAUGGAGAUAGGACAAGAAUGUGCUGAGGUCGCGACGAUUUGUAUCGCUAGUUAUGUCGACCCGGUUUUUUAUAAAGAAAAUGUGAUCGCCUGGUGGGGGGGUAAGAUGUUGAACGAAUGUUGUUGGCACUCGUCUAAAUGUGGCUCAAUUUACUGUAAAUCUUAUCCUAUAAGGCAAAUAGAAGUUAAAUUACCGUGCCGUUAUCUAAUUUUUCUACAUGAACUUGUUCGUAGGAAGAAAGAAUAAUAGAGUUUAGUUGAAAAUGAUGACGUUUAAACAAGAUCUAUAUAUAGUUCAGAGAAUGUAUUGCUGUAAAGUAAUUCGGUAAAAAAAAAAAAUGGUAAACUGGUAUGGGUUUAACGUCUCUAUCAAGUAAUUUGACACCUUAGCUCUCAGUGAUCGAGGCCUUGUACAACUACAGUCUAGCUUGCACAUUGAAAAAUUAGCAGGAUGCAAAAAUCUUUUAAUGUACUAAUUUUGCUCUGUACGUGUUUUAAAUUUAGAUACAUAAAAAAAUAUGUUCGGGUAUUGGAAAAAAUUUCAGGACCCGAAAAUCUGUCUGCUGCAAGCGUGUUUGUUGCUAUGUGUGUGCUGGACUAUUAUAGCUGCAAGCUAAACUGUUGCUAUUGUUGUUAUUCAAAAUCGAAUACUAUGUCGUGAUCUUUGAUAAUGUUGGUUCAGGAGUUGAGAGGUUAGUGAAAAGUGAUGAGAGGUAAUUAGUAAUUACAUUUACUCACUUUCUUGACUUCUAUCACUAUCAGCAGGCUGCUUAGAAAUAGGGGCCUAGUAAUGAUGGCAAGUUUUUUAAAUACUUUAAAUGGGAGAAGUUGGAAAUGAGAGUAAUCAACCCUUUAUGUCCUUGUUAUGCUUGCCAUAUCCACUGCCAAAUAAAUCUGAGCGACGUAUACAUACUUUGUAAACUUUGUUCACAUCCUAUUUUUAGAAAAUUUAUUUACACUACACCAGAGAAUCUGGACUGGAAAAAGAUGGAUGAAGUGAGGGGAAAAGGGAGUGGGGGGGGGUAAUGUUGUUUUAGUUCUAUUUUGUUCAGUCAGUACAUUUUUAUAAUUGUUUUAAACCGGUUGGAUUUUUUGUUUUCUGGCGUUGGAUGUGAGGACCAAUUUUACGUGUAUACCUCAAUAAAGUCUCGGGAGUACCAUU